UUUGGGACACUGCGAGUGGUAACGGCGCAGCGUAGCUAGUUGGCAUUUGAAACGCCUCUUUGGUCGUGGCUGACACAAAUAACAAAGCACAGGCAUAAAUCUAUUUUCAGCAGCCUUGUGCAUUUGAUAGUACCGCCGACUUUAGCGCGCUAGUGCUGAAUUGUCGACUUUGAGGAAGCGUGCUUCAGCAAACUUCUGGCUAAUCUUAGUGCGCCAGCCAGAUAUAGCUGUAAAAACAACGUAGUCAAGGUUUGUAAUGUUACGGUAGAUGGUAGGAUCGGAACCCAGGAACAAUAUUCUGAGUUACGCGGGCCCCUUGCUGUGCUUCCGCCCCUUUGCUGAUCAGCGCAAAUCAGACCAGAGGCCACAGGUAUCUUACCAGCUUCUGUGGGAUUUGAUGUCGCCUCUAGUUCGGGUCAACUGAAAAUGGACACACUGGAGUCGGAGCUGACCUGCCCAAUCUGCCUGGAAUUGUUUGAAGACCCACUGCUCCUGCCCUGCGCUCACAGCCUGUGCUUCAACUGCGCCCACCGCAUCCUGGUGUCCCACUGCUCCACCAACGAACCCAUCGAGUCCAUCUCCGCCUUCCAGUGCCCCACCUGCCGCUACGUCAUCACGCUGAACCACCGCGGCCUGGAGGGCCUCAAGCGCAAUGUGACGCUGCAGAACAUCAUCGACCGCUUCCAGAAGGCCUCCCUGAGCGGGCCAAACUCGCCGACCGAGAGCCGGCGCCUGCAGCGCCCCCACAGCAGCGGAGGAGGUACCGCGCGAGGAAGCCCGGCCUACGCCAUGUCGCUGGAGCAGCGCGUGGGCUGCCAGUUCUGCGAGCAGGACCCGCCGCGAGAGGCGGUCAAGACCUGCGUCACGUGCGAGGUGUCGUACUGCGACCGCUGCCUGCGCGCCACGCACCCCAACAAGAAGCCCUUCACCGGGCACCGGCUGGUGGAGCCCGUGCCCGACGCACACCUGCGCGGCCUCACCUGCCUGGAGCACGAGAACGAGAAGGUGAACAUGUACUGCGUGGUGGACGACCAGCUCAUCUGCGCCCUCUGCAAGCUGGUGGGCCGCCACCGGGAGCACCAGGUGUCCUCUCUGAGCGAGCGCUUCGACAAGCUCAAGGCCUAUCAAGUGAGCCCCGGCAGACUAUCUGAAGCGGUUAUCAUGGAGGCAUCAAAGACAAACGUCGCGCAAACCCUGGAGAACAACCUGACCAACCUGGUGAAGAGGAACAGCGAGCUGGAGGGCCAGAUGGCCAAGCUCAUCCAGAUCUGUCAGCAAGUGGAGGUGAACACGGCCAUGCAUGAAGCCAAGCUGGUGGAGGAGUGUGAUGAGCUGGUGGAGAUCAUCCGUCAGAGGAAGCAAAUCAUCGCUGUCAAGAUCAAGGAGUCUAAGGUGAUGAAACUGAGGAAACUGGCCCAGCAGAUCGCCAACUGCCGACAGUGCCUGGAGCGUUCCAGCGUCCUCAUCACGCAGGCCGAACACAGCCUGAAGGAGAACGACCACGCCCGCUUCCUGCAGACCGCCAGGAAUGUUGCGGAGAGGGUCGCCAUGGCUACGGCGUCCUCACAGGUCCUGAUUCCGGACGUCAAUCUGAACGAGGCCUUCGACACCUUCGCCCUGGACUUUUCGCGGGAGAAGAAGAUUCUGGAGGGGCUGGAUUACCUCACAGCCCCGAACCCACCAUCCAUACGAGAAGAGCUCUGCACAGCCUCGCACGACACCAUCACGGUCCACUGGACCUCCGAGGACGAAUUCAGCGUCACCUCCUAUGAGCUGCAGUACACCAUCUACACUGGCCAGGCCAACUUCAUCAGCCUGUAUAACUCUGUGGACAGCUGGAUGAUCGUGCCCAACAUCAAGCAGAACCACUACACAGUCCAUGGGCUGCAGAGCGGGACCCGGUACGUCUUCUUCGUCAAGGCCAUCAACCAGGCAGGGAGCCGCAACAGCGAGCCGGCGCGGCUCAAGACCAACAGUCAACCUUUCAAGCUGGACCCGAAGACGGCCCACAAGAAGCUGCGGCUGUCCAACGACUGCCUGACCAUGGAGAAGGACGAGAGCUCUCUGAAGAAGAGCCACACGCCCGAGAGGUUCAGCGGCACCGGCUCGUACGGAGCCGCCGGGAACGUCUUCAUUGAUAGCGGCUGCCACUACUGGGAAGUGCUGCUGGGCGCCUCCACCUGGUAUGCGGUCGGUGUGGCCUACAAGUCGGCCCCCAAGAACGAGUGGAGCGGCAAGAACUCAUCCUCCUGGGUGUUCUCGCGCUGCAACAACAACUUCAUGGUGCGGCACAACGGCAAGGAGAUGCUGGUGGAAGCCAGCCCCCAGCUGCGGCGUCUGGGCGUGCUGCUAGACUACGACAACAACAGCCUGUCCUUCUACGACGCCAUGAACUCGCAGCACCUGCACACCUUCGAGAUCUCCUUCCUGCUGCCCGUGGCGCCCACCUUCAUGAUCUGGAACAAGUCGGUGAUGAUCCUCUCGGGGCUGCCCGUGCCGGACUUCGUGGACUGCCUGGAGCAGCAGGAGGGGCUGUGCCGGCAGCAGGAGUCGCCCUACGUUUCGGGCAUGAAGGGCUGUCACUGAGAACGCCCCGCCCGAACGCCCCUGUCCCUGUUCCCCGCGCCUCGUCCCUGUCCCUGUUCCCCGCGUGUGUCCCCCGCCGGUCCUCACGCCCGGUGUGUCGCUACGUCUCGUUUUCUCUCCUCUAUCUCUUUAUUUGGUCCCUCUCUUCGCUGCAAAAAUCAUCUGUCUUAACAAGUGUUUUGGUCUUGUAAUGAGCCUUAAAAUCAUAUUUUUUCUCUCUCAAGAAGAAAAUAUUAGCUUGUCUUAAGUUACCGCUUCCUCGGCAAGUGAAAUUGUCUUACCCCAUUGGCAAAUCUUGAAAUGAAUCAAAUUAUUGACUCACCUCAUUGGCAAUAUUUUUGCCUUAUUUAGCAAAAAAGUCAUAUAAAUUUGAUUUUAAGUCUAGAUAUGAGGCUAAAAUGCUUGUUGACACGGACUUAUUUUUUCUUUUUGGCAGAGUUUCCUCCCUCGCUCAUGCUCAUGGUUUCAUUGUGUUUCCGUAGCGCAGAUUACAGCCGUUUUACUUGCAUCAUGUGACUACUAGUCUUGUAUAAUAAGAAAUUCUAAUGAUAAUGGUUAAAAAAAAAUACAAAUUGUAAAUUAUUUAUGAAUAAUAAGUUGGUUUGCUUCUUCGUCUAUUUUAAUAUAUUCAUAAUGCACUUUUAAGAUUUAUUUCCCAAACAUGUAAAAAAUUAAAUUGGGAAAGGGUUGUAUUUCUUUGUAGUUUGGUAGUACAUAGAGGCUUUAUCUCACAUGUAAAAGGGAUAUAAAUUUGGUGUUGCUGCCAUUUUUAUUAGUGUACAUGUUAUUUACAGACCCAACUGAAAAUCCUCAGUGUGAAGCAUUUUAUUUGGAUUUGAUUUAGACUUUAUGGCAUGAUUCGGUGUUCAUCUAUUAUUUCCCUGCGCACAUGUUUUCUGUGUGCGUGUGCGUGUGUGUGUGUGUGUGUGUGUGUGUGUGCGUGCGCGCGCAUGUGUGUCUGCUUGUGUGCGCAUGUGUUUGUGUGUGUGUUUGUGUGCCAAACCAUUUUAAAUAUUUUACAGGUUCUUUAUUCUUUUAAGUGCUCGGUGUGUUUAUAUAAUCAGAAAUCCACAUGUCCUGGCUCCUCAGUGAGACCUUAGUCAUGGGGGACAGCUUUUCCCCAGCACCGAUGAUGUAUAUUACUGAUUUGGAAUGUGAGGUGGAGCUCUCUCUGGUGAAUGUUGCUAACAUUGCUAACGGCAACGGUUUUCCAUUGAAGAUUUCAUUGAAAUCACCUCUAUUUCUGGGCUGUAAUGGAAUAAUUUAUAAAUGGCCACGGAGGAGGCUUAUCCAUGACUUCUCCAUGUCCCACCUCAACGAAGACCUGUCAUUUUGUAAUCUCUUGACUCGCAUAUGAAGUACUACUCUACACGAGUAGCCAUUAUAGGUCCACCAGCCCCUUCUUAUUUUUGAGCCGUCUCGUUUUUGACUGGCCUGCACAAAAACGGCGACUGAGCGGUUGCGUGGGGUGCCUUGCGCCUCAUUAUCCCCCUUUCUUUUUGAACCUCGAAAAAUGUUUGAAAACGGAAAAUGUCACGUCACCCAGUCUUUGUUAAUUGGUUGCAGUUUUAUGAAAGUGUGGUUUGGAAAUCAUUUUCUCCAUGAUAUUCAGGGCUACAGCGGGGGUAAAAUUGAGACAAUCAGUUUUAUUAAGCGCAUCGCGCAUCGGAAAAUCACGUGGCGCACAGAGAUAAGCAGUUGACACUUAUCAUUUCUGCAGUAGGAAAUCGCAUGCAAUCUUAGCCACAUUAUCAUAAAAAGGAAAUAUUGCUUGCCUGUGUUUGAACACUGUUUCAGUCAUUUCAGAGCAUCGGGAAUCUACGUUUACGGCUGAUUCCACUGUUCCACAUGACUGUUCCGCACAUGUCAGUGGGUUAAGGAUUCACGCGGUGCACAAACUCGUGUUGUUCCGUUUUUAUCUUUUCAUUUUCCCUGGAAGAGCACAGCGUGCUUGCAGGCACUCGCCCAGUGGAUUACAAAGCAGAUGUUGCUAACCAGUAGUUUGGACUUUGACUUGAAAGCAGCGUGUAAAGUGAUAUCAGUUUACAGGAAAUUACUGCGACUGUUAAUGGGACACAAACGAGCAAGACUUUAUGCCUCCACUGUGGAGCCCUAUAGGGUUUUCAUUACUGUCACGAUCAAUCUAAAAAGGCACAGCUCACAUGACUAUAUUAGCAUUGAGCCCCAUAUAUAAGGAACAGAACACACAAUUGGCGUCCAUUUCCAUGAAUGUUGUUUAUUUAGUCUGUUGAUAAUUGUAACAGUUAGGUUUCUGUCAAUUCAGCUUAUUAUGGUGAUAUAUUGGAAACCAAACCCCUUCUCUCACUACUGAAUACAUGGCUAAACUGACAGGUACCAUUCACUUUAUGUACAGUAAAAAUACGUCUGAGUCGCUGCAUGACAAUAUCAGGUCCAAGAAGACUGUAUAUUUCUGGGAUUUUUUCUGCAUCAACAUAUUCUUUGUAUGUCUGGUUCUAAUACAUAGUACAGUCACAACAUCUGUAUUUUUGCAUAUCAGAAUUAUACUUUUUCUGCUUUAUACUGAUAAAGGAGCCAGCCAGCAAACUGGGGUAAACAGUCAUAGAUAAAAUGGACAUUCUGAGUGUGUGUUUGGUUUGUUGAAACCUCCAAACGGAUAGAUUGGCUGUUGAAAUCGAUGCCCUCCUCUCUCCCAUCUCUAUGAAGGAGUUCAAACCGCUGUGUGUCCAGCUGUGCUUGUGCUUCUGUAGCUUUGUGAAUUUAGCCAUGUGAGAAUGUAAGUCAGGACGUGUGGGGGUAAAAUACAGUAUAUUCUACAAAAUUGUAUAAUAUAUAAACUAAUGUUAUUUAUGUGAACUUGAGUCAACCUCUGAUCCCAAAAGUAACUUGAAUGAUUAUAUUUUUAUUUGAUUACUGCUACAGUAGGGUUUCUGGCAGUCUGUUGGUUUGGGCCAGAGAGUGGAGACGCUUUUGAGAGUUGGUUGUGAGCCUGGCUUUUGACACAACCCUGGCUUUCCGGCAUCCGGCGCCACAGCCACAGUUUAGUGCAAAGUGUAGACACGUCCGUCAGUCCCUGCAUAUUUUAUCAGGGCUGGCAUCAGACUCGGAUCUACAGUAGAUGUAUCAGGGCUGUCACUUGCUUAUUACGUCCAAGUGCAAAGCAGGUAAUUGCUCGGUGUGCAUAAGUAGGAGAAAAACGCGGUCUUGCGCGGCUGGUGCCUCCAAAUGGGUUUUCAUCCUGAAUUCUGGAUGCGCAGUGUGUUAUCCAAGCUCCAUUCGGCAAAUUCUGCCGACUACCGGGUCUUUCUGCUGAGUCUUCACAAGAGCCGCAAGGAAUCCAAAAGCUUUCCAAACAUCACUUCUCAGACGUUCAGUAGAGAUAAUCUCCUCAAUCACAGUUGGUUUUGGUCGGAGUUUUCAGCCAUGAUGCUGCAGCUUUAGUGUCGGUUAGCUGUUUUGUAAGCAGAUCGCUACUGCAGAGGAAGACAUUCAUCACAGCAGCAAGAUUACGCCGGAAAGGCGAGGACGUGUUCGGCAGACGAGAACGUUUUAAAGCGCACAUAUUAAACUACGCCAACGUUUGUUUAUAGGCCUACUUUGGAACGCUAAUUUUCCGUUUGAAUGGAACAAUUUUGUAAUUCAAAUUAUGUUUGAAAACUGAAAUUCAUGCAGCCCUAGAAUAAAUACGUUUUUUAUUUAUGUUUUAUUUUUUAUUUUUUGUUGCAAAAUGCACUGUUUCUAAUACUGCACAAGAUGCAUGGUAAUUUGAAUUUGGGUUUAGCCUUGGGUUUCGGUGAGAGGGAGUAGGGCGGAAGCGACUGUUAAAAGUUUUACCAUUCCACAGUAAUGUUCUCGGAACGAAUUUGGCAGAAACAGCAUGCUGACACUGUUUCACUUUUCUGAAUCUCUAAAUCUCUACAGCUUUCCCUCUCCCACCUAUGCCAUUUAAUGAGUCAAACUAGAGAUGUUCACUUUACUGCUGCCCCCGAAGUCCAAUUACAGUGCGGGGUAUAAUUAUGUAAUUCUGCAAUGGGCUCAUCUCAGGCUCCACACGAGGGUAUGGAAGCUCAAGUCGUGAAUAUGAGCUGAGCUCUUCUCUAUAGCUACAGCUUAUCAACACUUGUGAUUUUUUUUUCUUUUUCCUGUAAACGAAACGAUUUUGUGCAAUUUCCUCCUCUUGCAUCAGAAUACUGUCGCGUCUUUAAAUUGUCCAAUUGUACGGUCAAUUUUAAAAGAAACAGUGCACAGCUAACACAGUGUCAACAUGGACAUGUGUCCCCAGUGUAAUUUAACAGUUCGUUAAGUCUAUAUUUUUUGGGAUGGGGACUAAUAGCCUUCUUUCUGUUUUGCUUGAUGUUUUAACAUUGUGCGUCUCCACAGGGCACCACAUUUGCAGUAUGUAAUUUGAGUUGGAGGAAGGGGGAAUUAUGCUAUAUUUAAAGAGAUAUGAUAUACAUGAAAACAAUAUGACAAAAAAGUUCUGAAAUGUAAAAAAGGACCUUAUGACAUGUUGUAAGAUGCAUUUUGAAUUCUCAUGAAGUUGUAUAACAUUGUAUAUAAAUCUGCAGAGGUCUUCAAUAUUUACCACAGAAUGCUAAAUAAAGCAUUGACCAGGA